AAGAAGGGGAAGAAGAGUAAGGAGCAGGAGGCCAAGGAGGAGGAGACAAAAUGGAAAUGGUGGGAGGAAGAGAAGAAGGAUGAAGGAGUGAAGUGGAAAACUCUGGAGCACAAGGGCCCACUUUUCGCCCCUCUGUACGAGCGUCUGCCGACGUCUGUUCACUUUUACUACGACGGUCGGCACGUGGUCCUGAGUGACGGGGCCGAGGAGGUUGCAGGCUUCUACGCUCGCAUGCUCGACCACGACUACACCACCAGAGACCUCUUCAAUAAGAACUAUUUCAGGGACUGGAGGAAGGUAAUGACGGCCGAGGAGCGACACCUGAUUACAGACCUGAAGAAGUGCAACUUCAAGGAGAUGUUCGAGUACUUCAAGCUGAAGUCCGAGGAGAGGAAGAACAUGUCUAAAGAGGAGAAGCAGGCUAUUAAAAAAGAAAAUGAAAAGAUACAGAGUGAAUAUGGAUUUUGCAUCGUUGACGGACACAAACAGAAGAUUGGUAACUUCCGAAUUGAGCCCCCUGGUUUGUUCCGGGGCAGAGGUGAACACCCCAAGCAGGGGAUGCUGAAGAAGAGGGUGCAACCCGAAGAUGUUACCAUCAAUUGUAGCAAGGGUCCCAACGUUCCAAAACCACCAGCCGGACACAAGUGGAAGGAAGUCAGGCAUGAUAAUACGGUAACGUGGCUAGCCAGUUGGUCGGAGAACAUUCAGGGUUCGAUAAAGUACGUGAUGUUGAACGCCGCCUCGCGCCUGAAGGGCGAGAAGGAUUGGAUGAAGUACGAGACAGCCAGGAAGCUGCACAAGUGCAUCGACAAGAUCAGGGCCAACUACAGGGAGGACUGGAAGUCGAAGGAGAUGAGAAUUAGGCAGCGGGCCGUGGCACUCUAUUUUAUUGAUAAGCUUGCCCUGAGAGCAGGGAAUGAGAAAGACGAGGAUACAGCUGAUACUGUUGGCUGUUGCUCGCUGAGGUACGAGCACGUCAAACUGCACGAGACACUCGAGGGCAAGGAGUGCGUCGUCGAGCUCGAUUUUCUAGGAAAAGAUUCCAUCAGAUACACAAACACAGUAGCAGUCGAGAAGAGGGUGUUUAAGAAUCUUCAACUGUUCAUGGAGAACAAGCAGGCUGGAGAUGAUCUCUUUGAUAGGCUAAAUGUAAGCUUGACGACCAUCUUGAACAAACACCUGCAAAGUUUGAUGGAUGGAUUGUCAGCAAAAGUCUUCAGGACAUACAAUGCGUCCCGGACGCUUCAGGAACAGCUGGAUCUCCUGACAGUCGAAGACGAUCCUCUGCCGGCGAAGAUCCUCGCCUACAACAGAGCCAACAGGCAGGUGGCCAUCCUUUGCAACCAUCAGCGGGCCGCUCCCAAGAACUUCGACAAGCAGAUGGAGAAUCUGCAGGGCAAGAUUGAUGCGAAGAAGGCUCUGGUGCGAGCCGCCAAGAAGGAGUUGAAGGAUGCCAAGUCUGAUUUCAAGGCUAAAAAAUCCGAAUCUGCUAGAACGGCAAUGAAUAAAAAGAAGAAGGCUUACGACAGACUGAAUGAACAACUGGCCAAACUGGAGAUGCAGUUGACUGAUAAGGAUGAGAACAAGGAAAUAGCCUUGGGGACAUCUAAGUUGAAUUAUCUGGAUCCUAGGAUCAGUAUUGCGUGGUGUAAGAAGUGGGGAGUGCCGAUCGAGAAGAUCUACAACAAAACUCAGAGGGAAAAGUUCGCCUGGGCCAUCGACAUGGCAGAGGCGGAUUACCAUUUCUGA